UUUUAGAUUAUGUUUUUUUUUUUUCUCAAUAGUUUCUUGUUUAUCUUCGUUCAUUUUGUUGAGAAUUGAUAUUGAGCUAUGAUGAAUUCCAUCAAUUAUUAAAAUUCUACCGGAAUUUCAUUUCUGAGGGAAGUUCUGCGCUCAAUUUUUUCUAUUAUAAUACUCUGUUUUUUUUUUUUUUUAGUUUCUUUUGUUUUCAAUAUGUUUCAUGUUUUUUUCUUUUUAAAAAAGAUCUUUCUCUUUAGUUAUAUCCUAUUUUUUGAUGAGUGCUCUUUUGUUCGAGAUGUUUUAACAGGUUCAAUAAUUUUGGCCUGCAUGUUCAGAGUUGUUGCUGGUGCUGCUUCAAUUGGUGGCUACAUUGUGUUUUAUUUGUUCUUUCUUUUGGAUGUUUCCUUGGUUACUGGAAUUAUUUUUUGCUUUCUAUGUUCUUCUUUCUGCGUUCUAUUUCUAGUCUGUACUCACUGUUGUCUUUUAUCUUGUAAAUGGCAAUGUUUCUCAGUGCUCUUUAUGUAAUUAUCCUAAUUAUUUUAAUACCAAAAUUUUCCUAAUAUUAAGCUCUGCUGCAGUGCUUCCUUAACCAGCCGGCGCCUUCACUUGACUAUUCUAUUUUUCUGUUCCUGCUCUCCUCGCAUGGCCGGCCUCACCACCACCAUCACCGCCGCAGCCGCCGCGAAGCCCCAUUUCAUCCUAAUCCCACUCAUGGCCCAAGGCCACAUGAUCCCCAUGGUCGACAUGGCCUGCCUCCUCGCCGACGGCGGAGCACUCGUCACCUUCAUCACCACCCCCGUCAACGCCGCCCGCAUCCGCCCUUCCAUCAACCGCAUCCAAGCCUCCUCUCUCCCCAUCUGCUUCGUCGAGCUCCGCUUCCCAUCCGCUGAAGCUGGUCUCCCUCCAGGCUGCGAAAACCUAGAUCUUCUCCCCGACUCCAAACUCAACAAACCCUUCGUCGAAUCCCUUCCCCUUCUCCGCAGCCAGCUCGAGCUCCUAGUCGGUGACCAAAUUCCCAUCCCAGAUGGCAUCAUCUCCGAUAGCAAGCACGCUUGGGCCUCAUCCAUGGCGCGCAAACUAUGCGUACCUCACAUCAUCUUCCAUGGACCCUCGUGUUUCUAUCUACACUCAACUCUCUCGAUUAAACGGCAUAAGAUCCUGGAUCGAAUUAAAGAUGAAUUCGAACCAUUUGUUUUACCGGAUCUGCCGCAGAGAAUCGAGAUGGUGAGGGCGCAGGUAGAGAGAUGGGUGGAUUCGCCGACGUGGGAGAAGCUGAGAGACGAGUGUUACGCCGCCGAGGAGGCGGCGGACGGGAUCGUGAUCAAUACAUUCGAGGAGCUCGAACCCUGGUGCAUAGAGAUGUACCGAAAGGCGACGGGGAAGAAGGUGUGGCCGAUCGGCCCGCUAUCACUCUAUAACAGGGAGAUGGAAAGCAGAGCGAGAAGAGGGAACGAAGUACCUGUUCUCGAAGCGGAGAAGUUGCAGAGAUGGUUGGACGAGAGGGACGAAGGAUCGGUCGUCUUCAUCAGUUUCGGGAGCCUCGCGCGGAAUCCGAUCGCGCAGCUGACGGAGAUCGGCUGCGGGCUGGAGGCGGCCGGUGUUAGGUUUAUAUGGGUGGUGAAGGAAGCGGAGGUGGAGAGCGGAACGGAGGCAGGGAAAUGGAUGGAGGAGUUUUCGGAGAGAUCGGAGAGGGAGAAGAAGGGGAUCGUGGUUAAGGGAUGGGCGCCGCAAAUGGUGGUGUUGUCGCAUCCGGCAGUGGGGGGAUUCAUGACGCAUUGUGGAUGGAACUCGAUCUUGGAGGCGAUAUGCGCAGGGGUACCGAUGGCUACAUGGCCGCACUUUGCGGAUCAGUUUUUGAACGAGAGGUUGGUGGUGGAGGUGUUAGGGAUUGGGGUGCCGGUGGGGGCGAUGGUGCCGGUGAAGCCGGCGGAUGCGGAGAGGAAGGAGGCGGUGGUGGGGAGGGAGAAGGUGGGGAGGGCGGUGGAGAAGUUGAUGGAUGGAGGGGAGGAAGGGGAGGGGAGGAGGAGGAGAGCGAGGGAGUUUGGGGAGAGGGGGCGGAGGGCCAUGGAGGAAGGGGGUUCUUCUUAUGAAAAUUUGAAGGGAGUGAUAGAGUAUGCGUGUGGCCAUAAGAAUAGAAGAAAUGGGCAUCUAAAAAUAUGAUGGCAAUUCAUCUCAUUAUUUUGAAAAACAUGGCAUCAUAUUUCUUUUUGAUUUGUGAGACAAGUAACAUGAAAUACAAAAAUAAAUU